UGUGGUUUGACAUUUUUCUCUAACAGCUUUCAGUAUUAAUUUUAACUCUUCCUUUUUGACCACUUUAUUUGAAAGGGAAGCAAGCCAUGUAUUCGUUGUUCCUGAAAGAGGAACUCAAAGAAGAGAAAUUGUAAGAAAUGGCUGAUUCUCCAGUAAAGAUGUCCCAGGGUGUGUUGACAUUCAGAGAUGUGACUGUGGACUUCUCGAAAGAGGAGUGGGAAUGCCUGGACUCUGCUAAGAGGGCUUUGUGCAUUGAUGUGAUGCUGGAGAAUUACAACAACCUUAUCUUCGUGGAGAAGUAUUGCAAAUAUGAUCCUGUCCAUCACCAUGGGAAGGCUGAAAAGGAGUGUUGUCAGUGUAAUGAGCUUGGCAAAGUGCUUCAUGACCCCUCCACAUGUGCACUUUAUAGAACAAGUGAAAUUACAGAAAAAUCUAGUAACUGCAUUUGCAGUAACCACAGGGAUGCCUCUUUUAACUCAUCAAACCUAGAUAAACAUGAUAGCAUGCACACUGGAGAAGAACCUUGCAAAUCCAAAGACUGUGAGAAUUCAGUAAAUUUGUGUUCUAACAUUACUGAAGAUCAGAGGCUCUACACUGCAAAGAAAGAUCACAGGCCGGGAGAAUAUGAUGACUCUUUCAGCUCUGCAUACAGGAUUUUGCAACAACUAAUCCAUAUUGGAGUGAAACAACACCAUUGUGAGACAUGCGGGAAAUGCUUCAAGACUGCUGCAUACCUCACUGUACAUCAGAGAAUUCAUACUGGAAUUAAACCUUACAAGUGCAAUGUUUGUGAAAAAUCCUUUACCCAGAGUUCAAGCCUUAAAAUUCAUAAAAGAGUUCAUACUGGGGAGAAACCUUACAAGUGCAAAGAAUGUGGAAAGUCAUUUCGUCAGUUGUCAGGAAUUAAUAGCCAUCAGAAAAGGCAUACUGGAGAGAAACCUUACAAAUGCAAGGAAUGUGAUAAAUUUUUUGCCUAUUCUUCCUCUGUCAAGAAACAUCAAAAAAUGCAUAGUGCUGGGAGACAUUAUAUUUGUCAAGAAUGUGGCAAGAUCUUUCUUCUGCUUUCACAUUUUAAAAGCCAUUUCAGACUCCAUAUUGUAGAGAAGCUUUACAAAUGCAAUGAGUGUGAUAGGUCCUUUCCCCGCUAUUCAUCAUUGAUUAGGCAUAGGAAAACUCAUUUUCUAGAGAAGUUUCACAAAUGUAAAGAAUGUGGUAAGUGCUUUCUUAAAUUAUCACAUCUUAAAAGACAUUACAGAAUCCAUACUGGUGAAAAGCCUUAUAAAUGUGAGGUAUGUGGCAAAUCCUUUACCUGCAACUCAACUCUUAGAAGACAUCAGAAAAUCCAUACUGGGGAGAAGCCUUACAAAUGUGAGGUAUGUGACAAAUCCUUUACUUGGAAAUUGUACCUUACAAGACAUCAGAGUGUUCACACUGGAGAGAAACUUUACAGAUGUAAGAAAUGUGACAAGUCUUUUACUAGCCGCUCAUAUCUUAGAGGACAUCAGAAAAUUCAUACUGGAGGGAAACUUCACAAAUGCAAAGAUUGUGACAUAACUUUUACCCAUAUGGCAAAGCUUAGAAAACAUCAGAGAGUUCAUACUGGAGAGAGACCUUAUAGUUGUAAGGAAUGUGACAAGUCCUUUAUUAGUUGCUCACAUCUUAGAAGACAUCAGAGAGUUCAUACUGGUGAGAGACCUUACAGUUGUAAGGAAUGUGGCAAAUCUUUUACUAGGUGUGAUUAUCUUAGAAGACAUCAGAGAGUUCAUACUGGACAGAGACCUUACAGUUGUAGGGAAUGUAACAAAUCUUUCACUAGGUAUGAACAUCUUAAAACACAUCAAAAAAUACAUACUGGAAAGAAAACUUCCAAACUCAAAGACUGACAUAUUCUAUAUUCAUAUUACAAGACUUAGAAGACAUCAGAAAAAUAAUACUAGAGAAAAAAAUACCAUUGUGAACAAUGUGAUAUAGCAUUUAUGUUCUAUUCUCUGCUUACAAAUCACAACUGUGUAUAUAAUAGAAAUAUAAAGAUAAGAAAGUUGUGAAAGCCUUUAAUGAGGUCUAAGUUUUAGAAAAUAUCAGAGUUUACACCAAA